CAUUUCCUUGAAUGGCGCCGACCAACAAAGGCAGAACAGCAGGCAUCAGUGCGAGUUCCUGCUUCGACCUCAAAGUAGAACUCGCAAAGAAAGAAGACGAAUUCACUCGGUCCAAAGCUGCAGGAGGCAGUAGAUACACGAAACCGACUGUAUGGACUCGCUCCAAUAAAGGCGUCCACAACCGCGCUGCACGCGACAUAGAACUGGAAGAAGUCGGUGAAGUGACUAUUGAGUCUGUGCGAGCCAUCUUGGAGAGGAAGGCGAAAGUGUAUCAGAAACUGCGGAAGGGGAAAUCUGGUGGUCUUACUGAGAAGCAGUAUGAUGGUUUACUCGUCGAUUCGGAAAGUGAUGAUGUAGAUGAAUCAUUGACGGUUCCUCAACGGCUUCAAGACGAUGAUGACCCAAUGAUAGAAUACGAAGAUGAAUUCGGACGACAACUAUACGAACCUUCAGCAGAGCGCAUCCAAGUGCUUGAAGAAGCUUUCCUACAAGCUGAUAACCCGUUGGCCUCUCACUACGAUUCUUCAAAGGAGGUUCGUGCUAAAGAUGCCGGGUACUAUCAAUUCUCUGCAGACGAUGAGACAAGGAAGCAACAAAUAGAAGAACUACGAUCAGCGAGGACAAGAGCUGGAGCGGUGGAUCUCAAGCCUGAAGAAGUGGAAGGUAUGCGUAACGACAGCACUACUGCAGGCUCGUCGAGGAGCAGGGAGAUGGAGAAACGGAAGAGGGACCUUGAAGAAAGGCGAAAAGUAUUGGAUGCAAAUCGGAGGAAGGUCAAGGAUGAAGACACACCCGCAGGUCGAACACUUGAUCCCGUUGCUCAGCAAACCCCAGAGGCUGUGACAUUGGAGGCGCAGGACACUUCUGGUCCAUCUGCGGCACUGGAGAGACAGGUAACCGAUGCCUCAGACCGACCCAAGAAAAAAGACAAGCAGAAAGGGACUAAAGACUCGGGACUCAAGACAGAGGUGGACGACUUCUUGGCCCAGCUGGAGCGCGAAACAUUAGGCCGUUGACCACCAUCGAGGGCGUUUAAUACCC